UUAUUGACAAAAUUCACAGAAAACACAAUACCUGGUACUAACUUAACAAUAAUCACUACUGUAAUCACUCAAAAUCUUGUUGACUUUCAUUUUCUCUCUCCUCACUCAAUCUCCACUUCAAUUUCCAUUUCAACAAUAUUAUUCCGCCAUUGCAGCACCUCGGCUAUGGCUGCGUACCGAAUUGCGGUUCCGUUUCCGUUAAUGUUAGCGGAAGUCGGAGCCGAAACUACCACUCCAACGAACUCCACCAUUUCUGGUUCUGCUAUGGCGGAAGAAUCUGAGUCUACUCCAACUGACGCCGUUAUCUUCUUCGGCGUCAGUUUAAUUCUAGGGAUUGCUUGUCGUCACUUUCUUCGAGGUACUCGAGUUCCUUAUACUGUCGCUUUGCUCAUCAUUGGUAUUGGCCUUGGUUCUUUAGAAUAUGGUACAAAGCAUGGUUUGGGAAGGAUUGGGGAUGGUAUCCGCAUUUGGGAAAAUAUUGAUCCAGAGCUCCUUUUGGCUGUAUUUCUCCCUGCCCUUCUGUUUGAAAGUUCCUUUUCAAUGGAAAUUCACCAAAUAAAGAGAUGUGCAGCUCAAAUGAUUCUGCUUGCUGGACCAGGUGUUCUGAUAUCAACCUUUUGUCUUGGAGCAGCACUAAAGCUUUCAUUUCCUUAUGACUGGAGCUGGAAGACAUCAUUGUUGCUCGGUGGACUUCUAAGUGCAACUGAUCCUGUAGCUGUUGUAGCUCUCUUGAAAGAACUUGGGGCAAGCAAAAAAUUGAGUACUAUAAUUGAGGGGGAAUCCUUGAUGAAUGAUGGGACUGCAAUUGUGGUUUAUCAACUGUUCUUAAAAAUGAUCCUUGGUCGAACCUUCAAUUGGGCAUCAAUUCUUAAAUAUUUGGUUCAAGUUACAUUUGGAGCUGUGGGAUUCGGAAUUGCAUUUGGAAUAGCAUCAGUGUUGUGGCUCGGAUUUAUUUUUAAUGACACCGUAAUAGAGAUUACUUUGACCCUUGCCGUGAGCUAUGUUGCCUAUUUUACUGCUCAAGAGGGAGCUGACGUGUCUGGUGUCUUGACCGUGAUGACUUUAGGAAUGUUUUAUGCAGCAGCUGCUAGGACAGCAUUUAAAGGUGAAAGUCAACAGAGUUUGCAUCAUUUUUGGGAGAUGGUGGCAUACAUAGCCAAUACGCUGAUCUUUAUCUUGAGCGGAGCUGUCAUAGCACAAGGUGUUCUUAGCAGUGAUAACAUUUUUGAAAACCAUGGUACUGCAUGGGGCUAUCUGAUCCUUCUUUAUGUAUAUGUCCUAGUUGCUCGGGGAGUAGUUGUUGGAGUUUUGUACCCAUUUCUAUGCUAUUUUGGCUAUGGUAUGGAAUGGAAAGAAGCUAUGAUUUUAGUAUGGGCAGGGUUGCGGGGAGCUGUAGCAUUGUCUCUUUCAUUAUCUGUAAAGCGUUCUAGUGGCGAUCCAGCUUAUCUCAGUACGCAGACUGGAACACUGUUUGUUUUUUUCACUGGCGGAAUUGUAUUCUUGACGCUAAUCAUAAAUGGAUCAACCACACAAUUUGUCUUGCGGUUUUUAGGGAUGGACAAGUUAUCAAAAGCGAAGAGACGCAUAUUGGAAUUUACUAAAUACGAAAUGGAAAAGAAAGCAUUAGAGGCAUUUGGGGAUCUCGGUGAAGAUGAAGAACUGGGACCUGCUGAUUGGCCCACUGUCAAACGAUAUAUUAAGAGCUUAAACACCAUUAGUGGGGAUCGCAUCCACCCUCAUGAUGCUUCUGAUACUUCCGACAAUGGAUUUUUGGAUCCAAUGAACUUGAAAGAUAUGCGUGUACGGCUCUUAAAUGGUGUUCAAUCUGCUUACUGGGUGAUGCUUGAUGAAGGGAGGAUAACACAAAGUACUGCAAAUGUAUUAAUGCAAUCAGUUGAUGAAGCACUUGAUGCGGUGGAUCAUGAGCCAUUAUGUGAUUGGAAAGGGUUAAAAAAUAGUGUUCACUUUCCUAAAUACUACAGGCUCCUUCAAGGAGGCAUCUAUCCAAAAAAGCUGGUUACUUUUUUCACAGUUGAAAGAUUAGAAUCUGCAUGUUACAUAUGCGCUGCAUUUUUACGGGCUCAUAGAACUGCUCGUGGCCAGCUGCAUGAUUUCAUUGGUGACAGUGAGAUAUCUUCUGCAGUCAUCACUGAAAGUGAGACAGAAGGAGAGGAAGCAAGAAAAUUUUUGGAAGAUGUCCGCACUACCUUUCCUGAGGUUUUACGAGUUGUUAAGACGAGGCAAGUAACAUAUGCUGUAUUGCAACAUUUAAUUGAAUAUAUUGAGAGUCUAGAGAAGGCAGGAAUACUGGAAGAGAAAGAGAUGCUUCAUCUUCAUGAUGCUGUUCAGACUGACUUGAAAAGACUUGUACGCAAUCCUCCUACUGUAAAGAUUCCAAAGAUUGGGGAAUUAAUCAGCAUGCAUCCUUUCUUAGGAGCCCUUCCGUCAGGUGUUCGUGAUCUGCUGGUUGGUUCUACUAAAGAAGAAGUUAAAGUUCGUGGUAUGACGCUGUACAAGGAGGGGGGAAAGCCUAAUGGGAUCUGGCUUAUAUCAAACGGCGUGGUGAAGUGGGCCAGCAAGGUUAGGAAGAAUAAGCAUGCCUUGCAUCAAACUUUUACCCAUGGAAGUACUUUGGGGCUGUAUGAAGUGCUGAUCGGAAAGCCUUAUCUUUGCGAUAUGAUUACAGAUUCUGUUGCAGUUUGCUUCUAUAUCGAAACUGAGAAGAUUCUCGCAGCUCUGGGAUCAGAUCCUGCAGUGGAGCAUUUCUUCUGGAAGGAAAGUGUUAUUGUGCUUGCCAAAGUCCUCCUUCCUCGAGUUUUUGAAAAUAUGUCAAUGCAAGAUAUGAGGAAGCUCACAGCUGAGAGGUCAACAUUGAACACCUACCUGAGGGGUGAAACUAUUGAAGUCCCAUCACAUUCUAUAGGGUUUUUACUAGAAGGCUUUAUAAAAAGCCAUUCUCUUGUUGAGGAACUGAUUACAUCACCUGCAGCUUUAUGGCCUGCACAAGGAAAUUCGAGCUUCCUCAGCCAAGAGGGUUCUGGAUACAAAUCAACCAGCUUUUUACAUCAGGGAGCUUCAUACUAUGUUGAGACUAGAGCUAGAGUCCUUUUGAUUGACAUGGUUCCAAUACAAGCUGAUAACACUCUCCUGAGGCGGAAGUCCUCCUUGUUGCUUCAUGAUCAGUCUUCAAGAUCUCUGAAUUCUAGGGAUCAUGCUGGUCUUUUGAGUUGGCCUGAGAAUCAAUACAAGUCACAUCAGCGUCUACCAGACGGCCAAGAAAUAGGUGAUAGUCAAAACUUAUCAGCCAAAGCUAUGCGCUUGAGCAUCUAUGGCAGCACGGCAAGAGAUGUUCCUCUGCGAGGGCUUAGUUUUCAAGGGUAUAGCUUGGGUAAUCCUUCACAUGUCCGUUCAUAUCCUCAAGUUCCUAUCGGCCAGAAACAACGUCCUCUCACUUCAGUAAAAUCAGAAGGAUCAAAUACUGUUAGGAAGAGACUUGGAGAAGAUGUUAUGAGAGAAGAGCUUCUUCCUCAAACACAUAGUAGGCACCCAAGUCGUGUAGUAGAUGAUUCAAGCUCUGAAUCUGGUGGUGAAGAUGAAGUUAUUGUGAGAAUCGAUUCACCAAGCAAGCUCUCUUUCCGCCAAGCACCUUGAGAGCUCUUUUGGCAUACUCCUCCACAUCUUUCCCACCUCUGUAUCACACUUAUUCCCUUCUUAUUUAUCCUGUAAAAUUUAAUCUGUAAUUUGCGUUUCCUAUGUACAUGGGUAAGAGAGUGGUAGUUUUCACUCGGUUACAAACUGUUGGAAGUUUGUAGUCCGGCGAAUGUCUGCCACUGUAUCCAAGAGAAAUUUCGAGAAAGUUACCAUUUUUGGCUUGUAAGUUUGUAUGUAUCUAAACUGUAUAACCCGUGUUAUAUACAAUAACAGUAAAUAAUUACAAAUUUACAAUAAUGUCAUAGGCAGGACGUAAUACAUUUCAUGUAUCUGCUUCCUCCCCCUUUUAUGGAAUUGGAGGUUUUUUGAGAGAUGAGUCCAAUCUUGAAGCCAA